AUGGGGCCUGAAUGGCUUGCUGUGGUUGAAGAUGUGUAUAUUUGGGUGUUGUGUAUUCCUUCAGCAGUUGUGAGCUUUGCUAUAGCAAGGAAUAAAAUUAAUGUGAUACCAAAUUUUCAGAUUCUGUUUGUCUCUACUUUUGCUGUAACGACAACGUGUUUAAUUUGGUUUGGAUGCAAACUUGUCCUCAAUCCAUCAGCUAUAAAUAUAAAUUUCAACUUGAUUCUCCUAAUUCUGCUGGAAAUCUUCAUGGCAACUACUGUGAUCAUUUCCGCUAGGUCUACUGAAGACUGCUGUACGAGAAAGAAAAAUACUACAUAUGAAGGUACCAUCGUUGUGAGCAACGUCAGCUUUCCUACUCGAAUUCUGAAGUCAUACUCAGUAAUUGAGGUGAUUAUUGGAAUUUCAUCAGUAUUUGGUGGAAUAAUUGCUUUGAAUAUGGAUGUUCUAGUCUCAGGUCCAUAUCUUUCAGUAACGUUCUUUUGGAUCUUAGUUGCCUGCUUUCCAAGUGCUAUUGCAAGUCACGUAGCUGCUGAAUAUCCAAGUAAAUGUCUGGUUGAGGUCCUGAUUGCCGUUAGCAGUGUUACCUCUCCAUUGUUGUUCACAGCUUCUGCGUACUUAUCCUUCAGUAUCAUGCAAGUUGUUGACAUCUUUAAAAAUUAUCCACCUGCUGUUAAACAGUCUUAUGAUGUGCUCCUGUUGCUUCUGAUGUUGAUGCUUCUAAUUCAGGCCUGUCUUACUAUUGGAACUGUAAUACAGUGUGUAAAUUAUAAGACAAAAAUGAAACUACAUGACUCAUCAUGGACAGCAUCACAGGUUAAAAAACAGGAAUAUAGAACAACAGAGGUUUCCAAUAAUACCUUAAAGGAUUUUGACAAAGACAAAGCCUGGAAAGCAGUUGUGGUGCAGAUGGCUCAAUAGCUUGGAUCCUGCAAAGGCAGCAAAUACAGAGAACAAUCCAAUACAGUAAAUCGACUGUUUGAAUUAAGGCUUAAAAACUUUUCAGUUUAUAAACGGCAAAUGUUACAGCAGUAGAAGCCAAGGAAUAACACAGCCAAUAAUGUGUCUUUCUAAUAAUUUUGAAAUAUACUGAUAAUAUUUUUAACACAUCUGUCUUCUCUGUUAGUAUCUGUAUUCUAGUGCUGCUUUAGAAGAUACCUUUAGAAAAAAGGUAAUGAGACACAUGGAUUUAUGCUGAUGGCAAAGUAAAAUAAGACAAUAUGUGGUAGGCUUCAUAUAUUUGCAAGAGAUUGUUAUAACUGCAGUUAUGCAGUCAGUGUAACUGAUAAAUGCUUUUGUAAAGUUAUGAGUACAAGUCAUGAUUGAUAUUUUUGCUUAUACUUCACUUUUGUAGGAGUUGUAAAGUUGUUUUGCAUCUCAUUGCUUUUAUAUAAAUAAAAGUCCUUAUUAUGUGGAAACUCAA